GAUCCGACAUCACCCUACAUAGCUCCACGUCAAACAAAACGCGAUUCAGCCGAGAAGCCGCCUUGUCCGAUAAAAAAAUUAUUUUUUGGAGAUUUUGAUAAAGUUCAAGCGUACAAAUCCCAUUGCAAUGGUUAGCUUAAUUAAUACAGUGGAUACCGGGCACGAGGAUAUGAUACACAAUGCCGUUUUGGACUACUACGGCCUGCACCUAGCUACUUGUUCUUCAGAUGGUUCUGUAAAAGUUUUCGACGUGAAAAACGGCAAUCAGAUAUUGGUUGCCGACCUCAAGGGUCACCAAGGGCCUGUGUGGCAAGUAGCUUGGGCGCAUCCCAAAUUCGGCAAUUUGCUGGCAUCUUGUUCAUACGAUCGCAAGGUUAUCGUGUGGAAGGAAGGUGCUUCGAAUGAUUGGACUAAAUUCUACGAGUACAACAAUCACGAUUCUUCUGUAAAUUCUGUCGCCUUUGCGCCCGCUGAAUAUGGUCUAAUACUCGCAUGUGGAAGCUCGGAUGGUUCGAUAUCCAUACUAACAUGCAACAUCGAAUAUGGUGUUUGGGACAGCAAGAAAAUAUCGAAUGCGCAUACUAUUGGUUGCAAUGCUAUUUCUUGGUGCUCGUCAACAGUACCAGAACCGGCAUUCGAUCAACGUGCUUCUACUCGUAAUACUGCGGUCAAGCGUCUGGCCAGCGCUGGUUGUGAUAAUUGCGUAAAAAUUUGGCGUGAAGAUGCCGAUCGCUGGGUAGAAGAAAAUCGACUUGAGGGGCACUCUGACUGGGUACGUGAUGUAGCUUGGGCGCCAUCAAUCGGGCUGGCUCGUUCACAAAUAGCUUCUGCGUCACAGGACCGCCAUGUAAUUAUUUGGAAUAGCACUGAUCUAACUACCUGGUCGUCUACAAUUUUGCAUACUUUUGAUGACGUGGUUUGGAGUGUUAGCUGGUCAAUGACAGGCAACAUUUUAGCAGUUACGGGUGGGGACAAUAAGGUGACACUGUGGAAGGAGAACAACGAAAACCAAUGGAUGUGUAUUAACGAUGAUGCGGCGUCUUCAAAUGCACAACAAAACGAACAGCGUACGCUAUAGAAUAGCAUGUAACAGUUAAACAAAUCUACGACAGUGCGCAUAAAACCAAACGCAAAUAUGUUUAUUGUAAACCUUAUUGGGAAACAUUUAUUGCUACACAAAAAUCAAUACUGAUUAAAAAAUAGAUAUCUUAAACGGUUCCCUGUUUGCUACUUCAAUUUUCUUAGGACUGCGCUUCGUCAAAGAUUUCUGGUUUAAAUUAAUAUUAAAAGUUAUAUUCUGAAUUAAAGAUGAUAAUGGCAAUCUUGAGCAUAAGGGACUCGUACUAACGUUUAUGUUCUUUGAUUCUAUAUGCAAAUACUAACCUAAAAACAUACAUUCAUACAUGUCUUAAUAACAACCUAUGUAUAUUACUUUCCUUUGUACUUGCUCAGUAAUUGUGAAAUUGAGUUUGUCGUCUACUAAGGACACAAGUGUAUCGUAAUAUGAAAUAAAAACUUUGU